AUGCGAAGUGAACUGAACAAGGGUGGAUGUGUUAAUCGAUCAGAAGAUGAUUUGCGUGCUUCCCCAUCGAAGGUGUUCGAAGUUCAUUCGAAGGGUGUUUCUGAUCAAAGGAGUGUUGAGUUGAGUCGUAAGUUAUCGGCAGCGAAAAAGAAUCAAGUUGACGAAACAAUACAGCAGCUGACAGAGAAGUGUCAUCGAAUUGUAAUCGCAGUGCAAUCAAACAGGAAUGCUCAUCACGGUGAGCUGUCCAAGUCGAUAGAGAAUAUGCUGGAGAAUGCGUUGAAGAGAACGGAUACUCCAGGCGACGAUCACCGCUCGCUGAACCAUCAGCUGAACACUCUCUUGAACGCUUUUGAUGCCAUCGAAAAAUAUUUAUCUCAGGUUUGUUAUCUUCGUUUUUAA